AUGUCAUCGUCUCCCAAAUUCAUUUCAAUAAUCAAACCUUCCGCAUUCCGCAGCUUGCAAAAAGCAGCCACCACGUCACCACAUCGAACAAUCCCCAUUGAUGCCACCUGGUUCAUGCCCAACAAUCCGCGCAACGCCUACGAUGAAUUCAAACAAGAUAAAACAUUGGGGCCAGAAGUAGGAGCCAAGUUCUUUGACGUUGAUAAAUGGGCAAGAGACUCACCCUAUCCACACAUGCUACCAACGCAGCUGAUUAUGAAUGAAGCAUUUCAGGAAUUAGGCAUUCAUUCACUGGACAAUUUAGUAGUUUAUGAUCGUGUGGGAAACUUCCUGAGUCCAAGAGUGGCAUUCACUUUGAAAUUGGCGGGUCAUGGUAAAGUGUACUUAUUGGAUAACUAUCCCAAUUAUUUGAAAUUUGAUUUCCCAGCUGAAUCGCAAACAGUGUCUAAACUGGGUAGUGACAAAGAAACAUCUGACUUGAGUAACGUUCCAGGUGAAGUCAAUGAAGUUAACUCGCCUCAUCUGUAUGAAGAAAUCUACGACCGCGAAGUGAUUGAGUACGAGGAGAUUGUAACAUUGCUUGAAAACAAUGACAUUUCUAAGUACUUGAUCCUCGACGCUAGAUCGCAUGAUAGAUUCACAGGAGCUUCCCCAGAGCCUCGUCCGGGAUUAAGUUCGGGCCAUAUCCCCACAGCCAAGAACUUGCCAUUCACUAAAGUGCUCAACCCGGAAGCCAACAACGAAUACAAGACCAAAGAGGAAAUAGAAUCGAUAUUAACUCAAGAUCUCGGUGUUGAUUUGACCAAAUUGGAUGCUACUUACCCUGGUGGUAUAAUUGUCAUGUGUGGAACUGGUGUUACUGCAUGCAUUUUGAAAUUGGCGUUGGAAAAUAUAGUUAAAGUUGACGUGCCAGUUAAAUUGUACGACGGGUCAUGGACUGAAUGGGCCAUGAGGGCACCUGAUAAAUAUAUUAUUAAGGAUGUGUAA